CCCAUCCGGGAGUACAUCAUGGGCCACGUGCGGCACCCGCGGAAUGUGAAGAAGAUCAAAGGGAACCUGCUGUGGUACCAGCACCUCGAGGAGAUUCAGCGAGGGGCGGGGUCAAGCACGCCUUAUAUGGAAGUGCAUGAGGCCUUGGAGCAGGUAAGGGCGGAGCUUAAAGUGAUGGGCGGGGCCGUGGGCGAGGCCGGGGCAGCGGUGCUGGAGCUGGAAGAGGCACUGGGGGCGGAGCGUCGCCGAGGGGCGGAGCUUCGCGCCCUGGGGGCGGAGUCGGCGCAGGAGGGGCUGUGGCUGCGGAGGAAGCGGGCCCAGAUAAGCUCCGCCCACUCGGAGCCGGGGCCAAAGGUGGGACUAACGUCGAAAUUGGCGGCCGUGUGCAAGCUGCGGGAGGAGGCCCUGGAGGAGCUUAUGAGGGGUGGGGGAAGGGGCGGGGCUACCGGUGGGUGGAGCCAACAGAGGGGCGGGGUUGCGUCCUCCCUCCAUUCCCCGUUGUUCCAUUGCAGGAAGGGGUAUCCCAAAAUCAGCCCUGACCUUGACCCCAACCCUGACCCUGAUGCUCAGCCCCCUAUGAAGACCCUCAUCCAGGACUGCUGGGUGGAUGUGGGGGGACUCUGGGAUCUCCACUCCUUGGCUUCCCGCCUGUCCCCGUUGAAGCUCCGGCUCCUCCAGCUGCCGGUGGAGAUCCCGCAGCGCCUGGAGGGGGACCCCAAAGCCCAGCAGGCUGCCAGGUCGAUGCUGGAGGCCGCAGGGCUCUCAGGGGCUCGGGACGCCCUGAUCAAGCAGGUCCUGGAGCUACGGGGCAGCCCCAUGGACUCCCCAGAAGCUGCCCUGGGGCCACUGAGGAGGCAGCUGCAGGAGGGGAAGCAGUCCUGCCGCUGGAUCCAGCUCCGGGCGCAGCUGUGCCCCCUGCAGGCCCAGGCCCGAGGAGCUGUGCGGCUCCCCCCAGGGCUGCAGGGGGAAGGGCAGCGGCUGCAGGUAGCGCUGAGCAUGCUGGGAAAGGAGAGAGUGCCCCUCCCCCCGAGCCCCGCCCACUACCCACUGCAGCCAAUCAGACCUGCCCUAGGAAUGGCAGAGAGUGAGCCCCCACAGGGGGCGCUGUUGCGGGCGGCAGAGCUGCAGGGGGAGCUGGAACAGCUGCAGGAGGUGAGGUCAGCACAAGGGGCGUGGUCAGCGCAAGGGGCGGGACCCGGGAAGCCCCGCCCACCCCGCGCACCCGCGGAGGGCGUGGCCAUCGCCGAGCUCCUCCCCCAGCUGCAGGCGCUGUCCAUUCGGGUCCAGCAGUACCUCGAGGGCUGGCCCCACCUCCAGGACGUCAUCAGCCAAUGGUGGGAGCAGCCGGCUCAGUGGAUACCGGCCACCCCCCCCAGCAACAUCCCCUUCUCCCAUUGGCUGAAGCGCUGGUCCCAGGCCACCCGUACCCUAAACUUGCACCGCCCCCUCCCCUUAGCGCCGCCCACCAGCGACAAGGAAGGGCGUGACCAGAGCAAGCCCCACCCCUGAGCCUCGGUUUCAUCAGAUGCUCCUAUUG